CUGUGCCCCUGUUGCAUCCACAUCCACUCAGGAUGAUUUAGUCUUCGGCGACUCGCUACACCUUCCCACAAGGCUCUCGUGGUUGCCUAAACCCUGUAGGCUCUGGCCUGACUCACACCCUCUGAUCCAAUCAACCAUUCCUCAGGCGCCGAGGGCUUGAAAUCGUGUCCCGAUCUCCCAUAUCACUGACUGCUUCCACCCUGGCGAGUUUCAUGCUGACGGCGGACAAAGCAGGCUGCUGGUUCUCCGCAGCAGCCGUAGGCACCCUUGGGAGUGUUACUGUAACAGUACUUACUGAGUGCAACAGUGUUUCCCCUUAAGGGUCCUUUCCUUUAUGACCUUCGUUUUCUUGCACACAGCACUUCAGGAUAGGCUUUCUCAUCUGCUUCCAUUACCCUCUAUUUCGGUCUCCGUUAUACAAUCGUUGGACAGGAAUACGCAUUCGAGUCUACACAGAGGCUGUGAGUAUCUUGUCCAUUUUUCACCAUGAGCUGCGAAGAAGGGUUUUCGGACGAAGAAGACCACCUCGAACCCUUGCGAUCUCAGAUCUUAGGUUGUCUUGAUGGAAUCCAUACUGUAGGGUCAUUUGUAACAAGCGCCCACGACGUCGAGCACGUUCACCCUGGCCUGGUGGUCAGUGGUAUCGGUCCUAUUCGACUUCCCUUGUGCCAGGAUGAUGCCAACGCUCUCAUUGGAGUGAGCCGUCGCGCUCCAUUCGGCAAGGGGAGCAAAACGUUGGUUGAUGAGACUGUGAGGAAGACUUGGGAGAUCGAUGGAAAAGAGUUGUCAUUCAAACAUGAAGCCUGGUAUAACUGGCUGGAUGGUGUUGUCGGAAAUGUCUCCAAGGGCCUAGGCGUCCAUGGCGGUGCUGGCAAUGUACGAGCUGAGCUCUACAAGUUACUGGUGUAUGAAAAGGGCGCCUUUUUCAAGCCUCACAAAGACACGGAGAAGACGAAAGACAUGUUUGGAACUCUGGUCAUUUGCCUACCCUGCGAGCACGUUGGCGGCGGGGUGCGCCUCAUUCACGGUCUGGACGAAAGAGUUCUCGAGACGGACAAGUGCUCCUCUUACGGCGUCUCUUAUCUGGCUUGGUAUAGUGAUGUGUCCCAUGAGGUGUUGUCAGUUCAAUCCGGGUACCGGUUCGUUUUGACAUACAACCUUAUUAACACUACUUCUGACCGUCAUCCUUCGGCCGCUGCACUGGACGUUGAACAGUCCAACAUCGAGGCCACACUCGCCGAGUGGUGUUCUAUGUCAGAUAAACCACGGUUCAUGUGCUACGUUCUCCAGCACAAAUACACCAGUGCAAAACUCCGACUCAGCGGUCUGAAAGGUGAUGACUAUUAUCGCUGUUGUCAGCUCGACCGAGCUUGCCGGUCAAACGGUCGUUUCUGUCUUGUCUUGGCCCGGCUGGAGCUGACAGUCACUCGAAUUAACGACGAGGACUACCUGGAUCAGGACGACGAGGAAUACCUGGACCAGGGCGACGAAGAGCUCUGUUUGAACGAUAUUGUCACACUAGAGGGGUUCCAGCUUCAGCAUUCCUUGACCAUAAGGAAGGACAGUCUCGCACAAAGAAGAUUAUAUGAGUCUCGUGAACACGAUGAACAAUGGGGAGGGGAACACUUGGGCAAUCAACACGCUGACAUCCAACAAGUUUACCGUGAUGCUGUCGCUGUCAUUGUUUCUCGGGACAAGAUGACGGAAUUUCUCCUUGGAAAUGGCCAUACCUUUGCCCAUUACGCGGAGUUUCUCCAACGGCUUCUCGCUGAGCUGAAGGGCCAGAAUGGCGAUGAAGGUCAUCUCUUCCGCGAAAUGAUCGUCCAGACAUGCCAAAAGCACACCGAAAGACGGUACCAUAACAGUGGUGACAAAGAUCGUUUCAUGGGCGCAACAGCAAUAGCGUCACUACAAAUCGAGAAUCCUGAGGCAGCCCAAGCGGCCCUUUACGCCGUGGAGGACAGCUUCGACGCAUCUACCUUCCAGAACCUCGGUAGACUGGGGUUUGAGAAAACGAGACAAUUUUGUACAGAAGCUUUCUCUCGCAUUUCGAAACUGCACCUCGUUGCUCGUGGUCUCCGAGCAUUCCGCUCUGGUGUACCGAGUGAUGUUCAAUUGGACGCCAGUGAAGCAUCAGAACGUGCCGUCUACCAAUGGGCUGUAGAUGUCCUCUUGAAGGCUUUGAGUUCGAUCGUAGAGGUCUUGCCUAAGGAUGCAGGAGCCAUAGUUCAGAUCAUCGACGCCUAUGAAGACGAAAGACUUUUAGGAAGCAUGAACGCUUUCGUGAGUCGUUUUUCCGAUGACGCGACCUUCAUAAACACCCUCUUCGCGGAAAUCCUUUGCUACUCCGAAACGGUUCAGAAACCAAACUUGCUUGUGCAACGUCUCGUUCCAUCAAUUUUCGACAAGGCAAUCUCCUCUUUCCGGUUGGAUCAAUUUUGGUCUCUUUCGAAACCCAGGGAAGACUAUCCAUUUUCGUCGUGGCCCGACAUCAUUUCACACAGCGAGAAGAGCGAAAAGGAUGCCUCUGUUGUUGCGUCACUGUAUCGUCAACUUGUGAGAGAUGAUUUGGACAAGGCGGGACAGUUCCUUGAGAAGAUCGCGAAUGACACUGCAAGUAUCCACCAAGACGACCUCGACCGCUUUGUCAUCCCACUCCUGUGCGAAAUGAUCGAUAUCCUAGAGCGUCAACCAUCCGAGGCUGCACCAUUUUAUUCCAAAGUCAUCUCCACCUAUAUUGAGAGGACGGUUCAGAAGGAGCCUCCGAAGCCGCAGGACUGGUCCCUACCGGACGAUGCCCGAGAGUGCUAUUGGUCAGACUGUACUUACUGCCCUGUUGUGCGUGAGUUUCUGGGGAAUCCAAGCCGAGAGGACUGGGACUUCACCAUUUCUGAGGAUCGGUAUUACGACUUCACUCGCCACCUGCCGUUUCACUACACGACGACGAGGGAGAAAAGAGGAGAGCAUUACGACAUCAAGGUCACUAAGUCACUCAAGACAUGGGAACGAGAACACGAGGCAUGGCGAGGCAGAUUUGAACGUGCCCAAUCGGCUCUUCGGCGGCUGCCCGAGUCAUCCCUGCGCCGAUGCCUUGGGGAUGGCGAGUAUCAGGACCUGAUGGGACUUCAAAUUGUCAAAUUGCCGACGGCGGAUGUGGCCACGGAUCCGCCAAACUCUGCCCAAGCAGAAGCGGCCGGGAAGAGGAAGAGGAAAAGGAGGAGGCUUUGAUCCCAAUAUGAAAGCAGAAGCUGCAGCCAUGCUUCUAGGCACCGGGACGGAGGUCACUAUGUCAAAAUUAUACACCUCAAAAUUCACUUGACAUUUGGUCACCAGCUCCUUUGAUCGGUGACUGGCUUUGUUCGAUGCCGUUGUGCUCUUUUGUUGUUCUACAAAAACUCAGAUCUGCUCUUUUGAACUUGUAUCGGCUCAGACUCCGCCGCUUGUCUUCGUCGUUUGGAGAUAUAUUGUGCAGCACGCACACGCCCACACAUUGGCUCUUUCUUCUGAGUUGAUAAUGCGGAAACGUCUUGACGAACAGGCUGGCUCUGGACAAUAGUGCCCGUCUGUGUGCUUAGAUUGAUUGAAGAGAGCUCAGUCAAGGGUUUAGCUCUCUG